UGGGAAGCCUUUGCGUCUAAACCGUUGCUUCCGGGUGUCCCCAGUGAAGAAAUCCUUUAUACAUUUGAUGCAUUUUUCUAUUUUCUGAGGAAAGCUAAAGGCUGCGCCCUCACAAAACGUUUAGAAAAUGAACAGAAUAUUCGGACGCGGAAAGCCGAAAGCGCCUCCUCCGAAUCUGUCGGACUGUAUCGGGAAUGUCGAUGCCAGGUCGGAGUCCAUAGAAAAGAAGAUUAGCAGACUAGACGCUGAACUUAUGAAGUACAAGGAUCAGAUGAAAAAGAUGAGAGACGGGCCCUCGAAGAACAUGGUGAAACAGAAGGCGAUGAGAGUCCUGAAGCAGAAGAGAAUGUAUGAAGGUCAAAGAGAGCAGCUGGCUCAGCAGUCUUUUAACAUGGAGCAGGCGAACUACACGAUCCAGACAUUAAAGGACACCAAAACAACAGUGGAGGCCAUGAAGAUUGGUGCAAAGGAAAUGAAAAGGGCUUACAAGGACGUCAAACUGGAUCAGAUUGAUGACUUACAGGAUCAGCUGGAAGAUAUGAUGGAAGAUGCCAACGAGGUGCAGGAGGCCCUGAGCCGCAGCUACGGCACUCCAGACAUAGAUGAGGAUGAUCUCGAAGCAGAGCUGGAUGCACUGGGCGAUGAGUUGCUGCUGGAUGAUGACAGCUCCUACCUGGACGAGGCCUCAGCCGCCCCGUCUAUCCCUGAGGGAAUCCCCAGUGACAGCAAGACAAACAAGGAUGGUGUUUUGGUGGAUGAGUUCGGCCUGCCACAGAUUCCCGCCACAUAAACAAGGGAUGGAUUCAAACAACUGCACUUCGACUGAAAACACUUUUAUAGAGUAACAUUUAUACAUGCAAAACCAUUUGACCUGAGAACACUACGAUUUUGAUGCUGUGUUGGGUUGUGUACUGUUACCACUACCGUGCUAGCAUGUGGCCUUGGAACAUACUGAACCUUUUUUUAAAGAUGUUAUUCCCCUUUCUUUUGACCUGCUAACACUCAUCAGUCUUGUUCAUCACCAGUAUUAUUAAGUUAUAAUUUAUUUUCCGUUUUGUUUUUAUUGUAGCUUUGUGAGUUGUUGAGUCAUGACCAUUUUGUUUGAGUUCUCAGAAGUGGAGAUGAUUCCCACUGAGGUCUGCAGGUUUGAAACAUGCAAAAAUAAAUGACAUCAUUUAAUUUAA